AUGCUGAGACGGAUUUCACACGUCUUAGUGUUAUUGCUCUUAGUGAACUUGUCUGUCAAUGCUCAAAAUGAUUCUAGUACAGUUUCAGAUCCAGUCAUUGUUGAAAAUACGACAGAAAAAGUUAUUGAAACAACACUUCCGAUUACAAUUUCAACUGUUCCAUCUGAUCUUGCGACUACAACAGCAACGAAUGUACAUGAUUCAUCAACAGCUAAUGCUACGAUAUCAGAUACAACUCAAUCUUCAAAGAUUGAAUCUAGGAAUAGCACCAGCACAAAUCUUCCAGAAUCAUCCGUGAACAACAAAUCAAUCAUCAAUGGCAGUCAAUCUCAUGGAAACGAUGCUCAGAUUUCACAUCCAGAUAAAUCUAGUUGGGCUCUUACUGAACCUUCAAAGCUUGCAAUUCAUCCACAUACAGUUACAUUUACUACACCAACAAAUCCAAUAGAUGCUACUCCAUCGCAACCUACUGUAUCACCAUCAAGUUCUGUAUCAUCAUCUCCAUCGGUUGUAUGUAUGACAACAGUUAAUCCAUUUGUCUUCGAUUCUCUCGAUGCUACUUUAUGUUCACAUUUAAUACUUGUUCAAACAGAUUCAACAGAUUCAACAGACAUAUUUCAAUCAGCUCUUUCAUCUGCUAUUCUUGAACAAUUAAAUGUCAUGAGAACAAAGAAUCCACAAUUAAAAAUAUUCUAUUCAAUUCUUGGUCAAUGGAAAUCAAAACAUUUAGAUUUAAUUCGUGAUGAUAAACAACGAGCUAAAUUUAAUAAAAAUAUACAAAAAUAUCUCAUUGUUAAUGGUUUAGAUGGGUUUGAUAUCGAUUGGAAUAUACCAGUUGGCCAAACAUCAGCAUUAACUGAUAAAAAUUAUUUAUCGACUUGGUUAACAGAAUUACACCAAGCAUUCAGUCCUAAUCAACUUUCAUUAUCAAUUGGUGUUAGUGGAGAUAAAGCUAUUCUUGAUAGUAGUUAUGAUUUUGAUCAAAUAUCUAAUACGGUUGAUUUUAUUCGAUUAAUGGCUUUUGAUUGGCCAUCAAAAGAUGUAACUACUUUGAUCAAUCCACUUUAUCCUAUGAAAAGUCAACGAGAUGAUGAUAAAUUUAACAACAUUGUAAAAACUUCUUUUUUUUUAUGUAUGAUUGUUAUAUGAUAAACUUGAAUAUUAUCAUUAUAGAAUUGGAUUGUAAGUUAUGUAAU